GAGAUAUUAAGAAUUCGGCUUUAUUGUUGUCCAUUUUUUAUUUCCAUUUUCUUCCAUGACAUGAUAAAAAAUACCACCGACAAUAAAUUACAUUUGAUUCGAGAAUUUUUAAUAAAAAAGGAGCUUAACGAAAAUAAUAAUUAAAAAAGAUACAUCUUUUAUUUUAAUAACGUUUACAUAUGGUUUUGUUGAAUCUCAGAAAAAAUUUUUAAAAUUAUUAUUGAAAGUUUUAGGACGUGUCUAUUUUUAUUAUCGUAUGUACUUGGAAUUUUAUAUAUCUUUCCCGAAUAGGAAGUCAACUCUUUAUAAAAUAUUUCUAUUCUUAUCGGAACAAAGUUUGAACUUAAUAUUUUUUUUACAUAACAAAGAAAAAGAACAAAAAUGUAGAAUUCAUAUAAUUAAGAGUGAAAGCAUUGUGCAUACUUUAAGGUGAAAUACAAAAAAGCGGGCGUAUCAUGUCAACAUAUCUUUUAUAAAUUUGAUUGAAAAAAGCAUAGAGAGGAUGUAUUCUUUCUUUUUUUAAGUAUUUUCUGGAUUUGAAAUAUUAUUAUGUUUCUAUCUCUGUGACAGUAUGAUUGAUUAAUGAAAUAUAACAUGUUCUCAGGAAAUUUAUUAUUAAUUUCGUAAUAUACAACUAAACGGCAUAUCCCGAAGGUGAACAAUAGUGUGAUUUCUAGUUAAAAGAAAGUUAAUUUAAUAAACAACACUCUCAAUCAAAGUAAUAUUUAAAACGAAAAAAAAACAUUUGUGUAAAACAAAAAUUAAAGUGGAACAACGGCGCGACAAUAUUUUUGGUUGUUGAGUGGUUUGAAAUAUGUUUUUCUUUUAUUUGCUUAUGCGGUGUUAAUAAUCUUUUAAUAUCAUAAACCUAAAAAAUACGUCGAUAAUAAUACCCAUAAAUAUUCUAAAGAUGUUUUUAAUAAAUCGGACAAACGUAUAGCUUAAAUUUAAAUUAUAUUUCUUGGACUAGGUUUGCGAAGCACAAACAAAAUUAAAAAAACAAAAAAAAAAACAAACAAACAAAUUAGAAAAAUAUAAAAUACAUACAAAAUUUAAAAUUCAACGAAUUAGUGUUAAGUAGAAAAUUAAAACAAACAUUUGUAUUUAUAAUCCAAGACUUACAUUGUUAUAUUGCAUUCUGUUUUAAGAGAAUUAUUACUCAAAUGUUAAAUGAUUAAUAUUUACAAUUAAUAAAAUAUACAUUCUGAACAAAAAAAAAAUAUUGUGAAAAAGAACAUAAAAUAGUAAGAAAUCGUAUUUUGGAAAAUUUAACUAUGUACCCACAACUCAUGGAAUUAUAAUAAUAUUAAAAUAUAAUCGAUAUAUUAGUGCCUCCAUAAGUGCGACACAUAAAUUUAAUUUCAUAUAUUAAUCAAAUGAAUUUUUGUGAAAGAACAAAACAAAAUGAUAAGCAACAAAUAUUCUCCAGAUUUUAAUCGAAUGUUAAACUAAUCAAAUUCCAGAAGUCACAAAACAUGUAACAAAACUAUUUUAUAUUCCAUUGACAGCAGGAAUAAAUUAGUAGAAUCACUUUGUUUUCUUAAAAGUAGAAAACGGUUCAAGGAAAUAUAUGCAUAUUGCUUGAGAUCCAACAGAAGAAAAAAGCAAUGACAAGUAUAAUACUAAUAGGAUGCUUGGCAACACUGGGAAUCAUCAUCGCGAUAUCUCUUUUCCUGGCUGGUGGCUAUUUAUGGUGGCGACAUAAACGUUCCCAAUUACAAUUUAUAGAGCCAAAUGAAGAUGAAGAUUCGAGUAAUUAUAGUAUGCGCUUGCCACAUUCAGCCACACAAGAGAUUCAACAAGAACCUGCACAACCAUUGAAGCCGCCCCCACUACCACAGCAAUCAACACCAAUACAAAAUAAUAUCAACAGGAAACUGAAUGGUUUCCUUAAUUUGAAAACUCCUUUAAUUGGUUUCACUGAACCGUUUAGGACGACGACUCAGAUACCACAGACAAAGUCACCAGGUGGUUCAAAUUCAGGUGCUGAACGCGAGACCAGUGGAAAGGAUUCCGUUGCGAAUCGCAGCAUAUCUAUGGUUGAUAUGUACGUGGACAAUACAGAGCCCAGCGAAAAUGUUGGACAAAUACAUUUUUCAUUGGAAUAUGACUUCCAAAAUACCACCCUCAUACUGAAAGUUCUCCAGGGUAAAGAACUGCCAGCGAAAGAUCUAAGUGGCACUUCGGAUCCAUAUGUCCGGGUGACCCUCCUGCCUGACAAAAAACAUCGUCUUGAAACAAAAAUUAAAAGGCGAACAUUGAAUCCGCGAUGGAACGAGACUUUUUACUUCGAAGGAUUCCCCAUACAAAAACUUCAGUCGAGAGUUUUGCAUUUACACGUAUUUGAUUACGAUCGAUUCUCUCGUGAUGAUUCGAUUGGAGAGGUUUUUCUGCCACUGUGUCAGGUCGAUUUUGCUGGUAAGCAAUCAUUUUGGAAAGCCCUUAAGCCACCAGCUAAAGAUAAAUGCGGCGAACUGUUAUCAUCUCUUUGUUAUCAUCCAUCAAAUUCAGUACUAACAUUGACAUUGAUAAAAGCUAGAAAUUUAAAAGCUAAAGACAUAAACGGAAAGUCAGAUCCAUACGUUAAGGUCUGGCUACAAUUUGGUGAUAAGCGCGUCGAAAAGCGAAAGACUCCGAUUUUUAAUUGCACACUUAAUCCUGUUUUUAAUGAAUCAUUUAGUUUCAAUGUGCCGUGGGAGAAGAUCCGCGAAUGCUCCUUAGAUGUUAUGGUAAUGGAUUUUGAUAAUAUUGGACGAAAUGAGUUAAUUGGAAGAAUAUUGUUAGCCGGAAAAAACGGAUCUGGGGCAUCAGAAACAAAACAUUGGCAAGAUAUGAUAUCGAAACCAAGACAAACAAUUGUUCAGUGGCAUCGACUAAAGCCGGAAUAAAACACAUAAAGACAGCAGUGAUAAAAAACAUUUUACACGCACAUUUAAUGAAGCAACACACCCAUAAAAAACAACCCCUACAUUCCCGAAAAACGAUAAAAAACAACAACAAACAAAACUUAAAACGCACUAAAACCUAAAUCCAAAUGCAACAAACUCUACACAUCAAAAAGUGACGACUUUAAUUUCUUUCAUUACCACUACAACAAAUUCAAAACUGUGUAUGUAUUUGUAUAGGUAUUAUAUAUUUGCGUGCACUCUCGAGAAAAAUUAAAAAAAAAAAAAAACAAAAAAUAAAACAAAAGGCAAACACAAAAAAAAACACAAAAAAAACUAAAAACAAAAAACAAACAAAACAAAAACAGAUACAUAUGAAAUAUUUAUAUACAUUAUUAAAUAUUAUAUUUAUUAAAUAUUAUAUUUAUUAAAUAUAUGUUAUAUAAAAUUUAUAUAUCCUCAUUUUGUUUAUAGUGAUACUAAACAAGUUGAUAAAAAUAUUUAUGUAGUACAUAAACAUUAAACAUAGAAAUUUAAAGAAGAAGUUAAACUUAAAAAUACAGAAUAUAUCUAUGUGUGUAUGUUUGUAUAUAUUUAUGCAUCUGUACACAUGUAAGUGUAUGCAUAUGUGAUCGUAUAUCUAUAUAAAUGUGUAAAAAAUACCGUAGACUUGCAGUAUUUUUGUUAAGAUUGUUGUUGGUUUUUCAUAGGCAUUAAAAAAAUAAGGAUAAAAAACAAAUUUGUAAAAGGGUGACAACUAUAAGAUAUACAAAAAUAAACAUUACAAAAUUUAAUAAGAAACAAAAGAAUUAAAGUUUUAAAAUAGUAGAAAUUGACAUUUAACAAGAAUUAAUAACUCCCAAUGGGAAGUAAAAAAAAAAAAACAUAAGCUAGUUACAUUAUACAUGUUCGAAAGAUCUUGUUAUCAUCGCUAACUUAUUCCUUAAAUUUCCUCAGAAUAAUAAUACCAUUUUUUUUUUGAAGUAACACUAAAAUAUAUUCCUUACUUAUUUGAUAGUAAAGCAAGAACAAACUUAUAUUAUUUGUAAAUGCUAUUGUGAAUUUAAAUUCGAUAUCGAAUUUAGCGACAUCAAUCAAAUAACAUUUUCUAUUUUUUAAAUGUCAAUGUCAUAAUUGAAAAGUACUUCGAUAUGAAUUGAAAUAUAAGUUAACCUUUAUUUAAAUUCUAUAGGUAUAAUUAGUUUCCAGUUCUGAAAAUAUUUUUGGUUUUGAGAGUAGACUUUUUUUCACGCACUGAUUUUGAAAUGUGUAUAAAAUGAGGAAAUGCGUAUAGGUACCUAUUUUAAUUUUUAUAGUCCAGCAUGGUGUGAAACAUAAAACACGGGCUUGCUAAAUUAGAAGAAUUACAUUUUUUCGCAAAACUCUAAUUUUUGUAUUGUCCUACAUAUCUCACACCUAUUGUUUUUAUACCUAUACGCACCUUAAGGAAUUCUUUAAUUGAUUUAUAAUCAUUAAAUCGACAGUUCAAUUCAAUAAGAAACCAAUCAAUUUUGGUUAAAAACACGUAAUACAAAUUAAAAUGAAAGAAAACCAUUGAAUUUCAGUUUUUAUAAAGGGGCAUUUACAUAUGUAACAAUAUAAAAAUAGUAAUGCUUUGUUUUUCUUUUCUAUUUGGCUUCAGUUUUUUUCCUUCGUACAAAUUUUAAUUUGCUUCUACUUUUAUUUUAAAUGUCACAUGAAAAUAUUUUUCUGAUAAAUUUAUCUGCUCUGAGGAUGUAAAAUGUUGACAAUUUCGAUUCUGCAUAGUUUAAUUUAUCGGGCUUAUCCAUGUUUUUCAUCGUUACAUGAAUUACCCCAUUAACUUUUUACCUUGAAUUUGUAAAAAUUUUAAUGAGAUGAAAUAAUUGAUUUUAUUUUAUAUUAAACUGAUUGCGAUAACUACGACGAGGAUUGCAAAAUAAUAAAGGAUUUUGUAAAAGGGUAAAACAUAAGGCGGCCCAUACACACAACACUUGAGUUGGGGUGCAGAUAUGUGGGCUGGAGAAGACACCAAUUUUCAGAGUAAAAUCAAUCGGUGUGUGGGAAGUUGUUUCGAUAAAAGCUUCAACGUCAUUUUCUCUUUCCACUUUAAGAUCUCUUUCACAACUAACGUGUAGUGUGACGUGUGUGGCGGAAUACUACAAAAGGUGUCAGUACACUAGUGUGCAUACAAGUGUGGUUUGUAUGGGCCGCUUAAGCAUUUUUUGUAGGAUGGUCUCUCUGCUUUUGUUUAGGCAGCGUAUGAGAGAACAUAGUUUUCGGCUUUUAAAAAUGCUAUAAUGUUUAUAUUGUAAUUUGCCGUAGUUUUUAAAUAUUCUCUUUCAUUUGAAGGUAUUUUUGUUUGGAAAUUACUCUUUCAAAAUAAACGGAUAGAUAUAGACCCUAAUGUUUUGAUAAAAAAAAACACAUUGUAUUAACCCCUUACAAAAACCUGAUAUUAUUUUUUGGUUUCUAUGUUAUUGUAUACUCUCCCCAUGUAUUUCCCUAAGCACGUCAUGGUCUAAAUAAUAAUCGAAAAUAAGUUCCACUUGACACUUCUGUAUAAAAUAGGCUAAAGAUAUUUAAUUUGCAGUUUUGUCUACUGUUUACUUCUGAACCAUUUUUUCUUUAUCAAAAUCAGAUGCAGUGUCAGACAAAUUCCCCAGGAAAAAGUUCUAGGCAAACGUGCCAACAUCCUUCAUAAUAUUCCCAGAAAAACAUUACUGGAGAUAAACUUUAUUUUUAUAUGCCCCAUAUUAAUUGGACAGAUAAAAAAUGGCACAUUCUAGAUAGAUAACGAAAAAUAAACUAAAAAAUAUCUUAAAAAUCCUUUCCUCAAUUUUAAUUCAAUUUUUGAUGAGGAUGUACAAAUAUUUAAAUAUUGUUUUGAAAAAAGAAUAUCAUUUUAAUAUUUAUUAGAAUAACACCCUUAUCACAUUUUUGGUUGAUUGUGAGAAAUUUUGUACAAAACCGAACCUUCCCACCAGCAACACCAUAUCCUUAAAGGAAUAGUAGACAAAUAUGUAAAUCGGAGAAAAAACAUUCAUUGCCCUAAAGCGCUUGUUUUCUUUAUAUGUUAAAAAGACGGUUCGUUGUAUGUGUAAUUAUUAUAGAAAAAAAGAAAUAAUUAUUCAAAAUUAAAUAAAAAAAAGGAGGUAUAUAUCAACCAACGAUAGAGUAACUAGAAAAUAAAAACACAUACGACUAAAAAUAAAAAAAAAAAUAUAUACAAAAAUUUCGACAAUGCCGAUUAUGUAAGUUAGACUAGAAGCAAACAUAAACAUUAAAUCAACACCAACAUUAAUUGCAAUAUUAAAAAAGUAAUUGAUUUAACAUAAAAAUAAAUGAAAUAAAGUACUAAAACAAUAAAAUUAUAUUUAUUUGUAUCUGUGUUAAUAAAAUAAAUAUUAUAUCGUUAAAGUUAAAAGUUGUUACUAGAAACGUGGUUGCCUUUGAUACCAACCUUAAUCCAUAAUUCGGAAAAAGAUAAAAAUAUAUGAAGAGAAAUUUAUACACAUACACAUACAUAUAUAUAUGUAUCAGAAAAUUAUUUAAACAAAGAUCUGAAAUGCACAAAACAUUAGCGAUUUUUUUUUUGUAGUGUAAAUAUUUUUUUUUGGUUUAAGUUAGGUCUUUUUAAACAUAAUAAUAUAUUAACAGCGAAAGAAAGAAUAAUGAACAAACAAAAGUUUCUGACGUUAAGGGAAUGAGCAAAAUUACUAAAAUAUGCUCUUGGGUGAAUUACAAAAAUAACUGACUUUUUUCUAUUGAAUCGACGUUCUUGACUUUUAUAUAUUUGCAUUAAAAUUUUAGAUUUUUGAUUAGUCAGUAAAGUAAUGCAAUAACAUUUUAAUUAACCAUUUUUGAGAGUAUUCAGGUAACGCAAAUGUUUCAAGCUUUUCAAAAGUAAAGAAGUUUUGAAUAGGUAUUUUUUUGAGUUAUUUUGUGCUGUUUUUAUAAUACUUUCAGAGCUGAAGCACAUUGAAAAUGUUUGCCAGUUAGGGAAGGGUGGAAGGUCAGAUGAAAACUAGAAUAACAUUAAUUUUUAUGAACUAAUUGCAACUGCACUUCAUCUAACGAUGAAAG